CUUCACUGGGCACUAGGCAUUAGGGCUGGAAUGGGGCCGCCCGGCUCCCCGUGGCAGGGCACCCUGCUGCUGCUGGGGCUGCUCCCCCCAGCCGCCCCCUUCUGGCUCUUCAAUGUGCUCUUCCCCCCGCACAACACGCCCAAGGCUGAACUCAGUAACCACACACGGCCCGUCAUCCUCGUGCCUGGCUGCCUGGGGAAUCAGCUAGAAGCCAAGCUGGAUAAACCAAAUGUGGUGAACUGGAUGUGCUACCGCAAGACAGAGGACUUUUUCACCGUCUGGCUGGAUCUGAAUAUGUUCCUACCCCUUGGGGUAGACUGCUGGAUCGAUAACACCAGGGUUGUCUACAAUCGCAGCUCUGGGCAAGUGUCCAAUGCCCCCGGUGUACAGAUCCGUGUCCCCGGCUUUGGCAAGACCUACUCUGUUGAGUACCUGGACAGCAGCAAGUUGGCAGGUGUGUGUAUUGUGGGAAAGGGUGGGGCUCUAGGCUGUGGUGGGCUUGCAGGAGCCAUGGCCAGAGCCCCCUGUGCCACUGCCUCCCCCACAGGUUACAUGCACACACUGGUUCAGAACCUAGUCAACAAUGGGUAUGUGCGGGAUGAGACGGUGCGGGCCGCCCCCUACGACUGGCGGCUGGAGCCCAGCCAGCAGGAGGAGUACUACCUAAAGCUUGCUGGGCUGGUGGAGGAAAUGCACGCUACCUACGGAAAGCCCGUCUUCCUCAUUGGGCACAGCCUCGGCUGCCUGCACUUGCUCUAUUUCUUACUGCGCCAGCCCCAGGCCUGGAAGGAUCGCUUCAUCGAUGGUUUCAUCUCUCUUGGGGCUCCCUGGGGUGGCUCCAUUAAGCCCAUGGUCGUUCUGGCCUCAGGUGACAACCAGGGCAUCCCGAUGAUGUCCAGCAUCAAGCUGAAAGAGGAACAGCGCAUGACAACAACGUCCCCCUGGAUGUUUCCCUCCAGCCACGUGUGGCCUGAGGACCAUGUGUUCAUUUCCACCCCCACCUUCAAUUACACAAGCCGUGACUUGCAGCGCUUCUUUACAGACCUACACUUUGAGGAUGGGUGGUACAUGUGGCUACAGUCACGUGACCUGCUAGCAGGCCUCCCAGCGCCUGGUGUGGAAGUAUACUGUCUGUAUGGCGUGGGCCUGCCCACGCCCAGCACAUACAUCUUUGACCAUGGCUUCCCCUACACGGACCCCGUGAGUAUGCUCUAUGAGGACGGUGAUGACACUGUGGCCACACGCAGCACCAAGCUCUGUGCCCACUGGCAGGGCCGACAACAGCAGCCUGUGCACCUGCUGCCUCUGCCUGGGAUACAGCACCUCAAUAUGGUCUUCAGCAACCAGACAAUGGAGCACAUCAAUGCCAUCCUGCUGGGUACCUACCGAAAUAGCACCGCUGUACCCCCAACUGCCAGCCCAAGGCCCCUGCCCCCUGAAUAAAGACCUUCCUUUGCUGCU